AUGCGAGGAAUCAUUACCUCAUACUGCCAUGGAAAGCAAGAGGGUGGAGUUCGUGAUUACGCGGUGUUCGGAAUUCAAGAACGUGGAUGUCUUCAAGGAGAGUUGCGGCGUGACUCGGAUCGAGGUGUCGUGGCUGGGUGCGGUGCGACGCUCCACGCCACAUCGCUACUGCUGAGGAUCGACAAUGGGGAUUGGGAUUGGUUUGUGCCGUUGAGCAUGUCGGAUUAUCCAUUGUUGGCCCAAGAUGCGACUGUGGGUUUGCGCGUGAAGGUCGAUGGCGGGUCGCGUUCUGACGUGAGGAUGGUGAUGCUCGGGUCUCAACGAGAGGAGGCGACGAGAUUUCUUCUUCUCUGCGUGAGAAGGAAGAAAGACGAUGGCGAGGGUUGA